AUGCCGCCGCACUCCCCGCCGUCGCCGAACCCGUCUCCAUCGCACCCGAGCAAGCGCGCCCGGCAGUCAUCCCCGGAGAGGGACUCGCCGAACUCUGCGCCCACCGCGGCCGGUCCAGCGUCGCCCAGCACUGUAGAGACGCCAAUUGAGGCCACCGCCGCCGCCGCCGGCCAGGCCUCGUCCAACAAGGUCGGCCAGAGCAGCAACUUCCGCAACGUGAGCGCCUGCAACCGCUGCCGCCUCCGCAAGAACCGCUGCGACCAGAACCUGCCGAGCUGCGCCAGCUGCGAGAAGGCAAAGGUCUCGUGCGUGGGCUACGACCCCAUCACCAAGAAGGAGAUCCCCCGAAGCUAUGUCUACUACCUAGAGACCCGCGUCGGCCAGCUCGAGGCCCUUCUCCGCGCCAACAACCUCUCGUUCCCGCCCGCCGAGGAGCUCGAACACUGCUCGAAGCCGGGGACCGAGGGCGCGCCAGAUACGGCGUCCAAGGACGGCAGCUACCAGUCGUCUCCUGUGACCGCGAGUCGCCAUGGCCACAGCCAUUCCAGGUCGCAUAAUAACGGAGACGAGCGCGAGCGGCCGCACAAGGCCAUGCGGCCUUCUGGCAUCUCUGGCGGCAGGCAUCUCGGAUCCACCAAUGGCAUAUCCUUCGCCCGCGUCGUCUAUGCAGCCGUGCAAUCUACGGUCGGCGACCACAAGUCGCAAUCCGAAAAGGCCGGCCUGAGGCCGUAUAAGCCGCUCGCCGGCAGCGGUGCCGACGCGUCCGGCACGUCGAUGCGAGACUCCUUCUUCGGCCUGCACACCCGGCCCACGAUCAACCCGGCCAAGUUCCCGGACAGGGACCUCGCCAGCAAGCUGGUCAACAUCUACUUCGAGCAUGCGAACCCGCAGAUUCCCGUGCUGCACCGCGUCGAGUUCAUGCAGAUGUUUGAUCUGGCGUUUGCCGACGAGGGCAGGAUACGGGGGCCACGCGAGCUGUAUAUGCUGAACAUGGUGUUUGCCAUAGGCAAGGGCAUCUUCCAGUCCGCCUCUUCCAAGAACACCGACGGGGACCGGAUGCCCACAGAGGCACAGCCCGAGGAGUACCAUGCAAGUGCCAUCGUGCACCUCGAGGCUUGUCUGAGUAAUAGCGGCGGUGGCCUGGAAGAGUUGCAAGCUGUUCUGCUGUUGGCCAAUUUUGCGCUGCUCCGUCCGGUGCCGCCUGGCCUAUGGUAUAUUGUUGGAGUUGCUGUUCGCCUUGCAGUUGAUUUGGGGCUGUAUGUGGAGGAUGCAAAGGACAGCACAAAUGCCUCCGAACCCGAAAGCUCGUUAGAUCCCCAGCUGCAGGAUGCACAUAUUCGGCAAAGGGGGCGACGCGAAUACCAUCGUGAUCUACGGAGGAGACUUUGGUGGUGCACAUAUUCUCUGGACCGGCUUGUCAGCACCUGCGUUGGCAGGCCGUUUGGCGUUUCAGACCAAGUUGUCACGACCGAGUUCCCGACGCUUCUGGACGACAGCUACAUCACGUCCAACGGUUUCAUGCGGCCUAUGACUAAUUCAGAACCAAGCUACAAGCAGGUGGCUUACCACUAUUUCCGGCUUCGGCUGCUCCAGUCCGAGGUCUUGCAAGUCCUGCAGUAUCAGCAGACCCAACUUGCAAGGGCCAGCGGGCAAAACCAACGAAACAAAUAUAUGCACACACAAUUACCUUCUCCGUUCCUGAACAAGUUCGACUCGUUCCGGUCAUGGAGGAUGGACAUUGAUAGGCGAUUAUACGAAUGGAAGAACUCGGCGCCUACCAAGAUCGAGUCAGGGGUGCAGUUCUCGACCGAGUUCUUCGACUUGAACUACUGGCAGGCUGUAAUUUUACUCUACCGGCAAAGUCUGGAAGUGCCCGAGAUGUUCGAGAGCGAGUAUAACACCUCGAAAGAAGUGAACAGUCCUUCGAUCUUCCCGCCUGAAGUCGGAGGCGAUGCUGAGAGGGUGCAUAUGAAGGUUGCAGAGGCUGGCCAGAAGAUCAUUCGCAUUUAUCGGCAAUUGCAUCUUGUAGGAUUGGUAAACUUCACAUAUCUGGCGACUCACCACCUGUUCAUGGCGGGUAUCUCAUAUCUGUAUGCCAUAUGGCACUCUCCGUUGGUACGGAGCCGCUUGAGCAUGGAUGAGGUUGACUUCACAAUAUUAGCAGCAACCUCUGUCUUCACGGAUCUCAUUGAGAAAUGUCCACCAGCAGAGGCCUGCCGAGACGCGUUUGACCGCACCGCCAAGGCCACCGUGAAGAUGGCGACUCAUAACGGGGGUUUCGGUCAAGCGGCGAUGCCGUCGAACCCUCGACCAAGAGGAAGCUAUGAUUACCUCACAGCACGCGAGGCAACAUCGAACAGACACCGGCAGCAGCAGCAACAACAGCAGCAACGAUUGCAAUUAGAGCAAUCGGCCCCUUUAUCUUCACAAUCACCAUACGACAUGGCUGGGUACUCAUCGAAUCAUAGGACACCGCAGGUGCCCCCGAUCCAGACCAGCCCUUUUGCCCUCACCAUGCCGAACAUAAAGACGGAGAAUGACGGCUAUUCCAUGAUGCGAGCUAUGCCAGGACCCGGCCAAGGCGUAGCUGGUGGCGUAUCAGAGGACCCCGACAACGCGUCCAUUGACCCCAUCCUCCUCCCCUCGCCAAGCGCCGCCCAGCAGCAGGCGCAGUCGCCCAUCUCCGGGACCAGCAUGACCCCGGUGUCGACGAACAAUGCCGGGGCCGGGGCUGCAGGCAUCAACAACUUCAUGCGCUCGCCGUCGGCCAUGAACCCGAACACGCCCGGCCAGCUCAGCCUCUCGGGCCUGCAGGAGAUGGAGUUCAUGCAGAACGUCCAGGGCUCGGGCGGCCUGGACGGCGACUUUGCCGGCGACGGGCAGAUGGACCUCGGGUUCGGGUUUGGCUGGGACGGCAUGCAUCAGGAUUACAACGACUCGCAGCAGGUCGACCUGCUCGACGGGUUCUGGUUUGGCGGCCAGCAGAGCGGGGGCAAUGGCGGAAACAUGUCGUAA